AUGGCUGAUUCUGAUUCUCAAAAACCACAAACACCUGAUUAUGAGAUUCAAAAAGCACAAUUAUCCAGUGAAUUGAGACGUAUACAACAAUUGUUAAAAGAUAAAACCGACCAAAACGCGCAAUUACAAACAAAUUAUAAUGCUCUUCUUGAAAAAAUAACCGAUUUGCUACCUACAAUAAAUGCUGCUGUAAAAAAAUCAAUAGAAGAUUCUAAUGAAUUUAAUGAACUUAAAGAUAUCAUAAAUAAAAUUGAUAAUGAAGAUUUAAAAAAAUUGAUUAACGAAAAAGCAGAAUCAAUAGAAAAUAAAAUUGAUAACAUUAAAAUUCCCGAAUUACCUAAACCACGUGAUAUUGAUUUAACCGACGUUUUAAAAGAAGCACAAGAAACAACAUGA